GUCCCUGCUCCUUGCCAUCUCUGUCAUUGGGGUUACGAUACUUCUCUUCGCCCUGAAGAACAUGAACUCACGGAGGAGACAUCUUAUCACCCUACAGAACCCUGAAAUGAAGUACCCACUGCCCCUGAUUGAGAAAGAGCAAAUCAGCCACAACACCAGGAGGUUCCGCUUUGGACUGCCCUCACCAGACCACGUUUUAGGGCUUCCUGUAGGUAACUAUGUCCAUCUCUUGGCCAACAUUGAUGGUGUUCCGGUGACCAGGGCAUACACACCUGUGUCCAGUGAUGAUGAUCAAGGCUUUGCGGACCUAAUUAUAAAGAUCUACUUCAAAAAUGUACACCCUAAUUAUCCAGAUGGAGGGAAGAUGACCCAGUACUUGGACAACAUGAAAAUCGGGGACACCAUUCUUUUCCGAGGGCCAACUGGGCGCCUCUUCUAUCAUGGGCCAGGGAAGUUUUCAGUCAAGGAGCAAAAAACAAGUAAGCCUGAAGAAAAACUGGCCAGUCAACUGGGAAUGAUCGCAGGGGGCACAGGGAUCACGCCCAUGCUGCAGCUCAUUCGCCACAUCACCAAGAACCCCCAAGACAGGACCACGAUAUCCCUCAUCUUUGCCAACCAGACAGAGGAAGACAUCUUGGUGAGAAAGGAGCUUGAAGAAGUUGCCAGAACUCACCCAGAUCAGUUCCACCUAUGGUACACCCUGGACAGGCCUCCUGUUGACUGGAAGUACAGCUCAGGCUUCAUUACCGCCGACAUGAUCAAGGAGCACCUCCCUGCUCCUGGGAAGUCCACGCUCAUCCUGGUGUGUGGCCCGCCGCCCCUGAUCCAGACCGCCGCUCACCCGAACCUGGAGAAACUGGGUUAUACCAAGAACAUGAUUUUCACCUACUAACACCUUCUUUGCUCUUAGCAGAUUUCCCCAGUCCCUUACAUCUGUUUCAAAGAGAGUAGCAUCACCUCGUUCGAAAGUGCCUCCUCACGUGUUCUUGAGCAUGUUGGUGCUCCUCUCUUUGGGGUUGGCCUGAGAAGGGUUUACGGGGCUGGGGGAGAAAUGGCAUCUGGAGUCUUCUUGCUUAGGGAGGUCCGAAGGAACUCCAUUUUAGUAUCUUUCCCCUUGGUCUAGUGAAAUAAACUUCAGUGCAAAGUGGCUAACCCAUGAGGUGUGGCUCUGUGGGGGACC